CAUACAGCAUGUGGUACAUGGGCAGCUGUACGGAGAGCUCACUCGCUGCUGCGCCGCUGCUGGUGAGUUUAGUCUGCCUGCUGCACUCGAAUCGCGUGGUGGACGCCACGUCGCUCGUUCGGUUAACAGUUAUCGGUAUUCGCCGGCUUGUUUCACGAGUUUACGAAUUUACGAAUUUACGAGUGUUCGAGUUCGAGUUUGUGGUGGUGGUGAUUUUCCGCCCGCUGUGGAAAACAGCCUAUGCCAAUGGCGAUGUGUGUGGAACAUGCUGCAACAUAAAUUAAGUCGCAUUAAAUCCGCACAAGAUGCAAGCCACUAAAGUGAAAAUAUAACUUAUGCAACUAAUGCAACUUAUGCCGCAAUUUCAAGUUCGAAACGGAAAGUAAAUGAGAUGAAGUUCCAACGGCAAAAAAAAACACACACACACACUCAUACACACACGUGCGAAUCUAGCAAGGAUCAACAGCAUUUUAAUUAAACCACAACGAAUACACUUGAUGGCAAAACAUGAGUUCGCAAAAAAGCAUCGGCCGUCCAUCCGCCUGUUGUUGUUGCUGUUAAAAUUCCUUACUUGCAUAAAAUAUGAUAUUCAUAAAAGUUUAAUACUGCCAUUUGCGUUAAUUAAACCAUGAGCAAUUCCAAUCACCGGAGCCACACAAAGCCAGUCGCUUAAAAAUGCACACUCCCAAGAGCAUGUCGCCAACGCUCUCCCACAAGGACCUCGCAGGACUCGCCGGCUGCUCGGCACUCGCUUUUGUGCUGUACCUAAACACACUUAACGCUGGAUUUGUCUACGAUGACAGGCGCGCCAUCUUGGCGAAUGGCGACGUGACCGGAGCUCGUCCACUGGCGCAUCUUCUGCGGAACGACUUCUGGGGCACUCCUCUGGUGGACAGCGGAUCCCACGGCUCCUGGCGACCGCUGUGCGUGCUCAGCUUCCGGCUGAACUUCCUCGCUGGCGGACUGGCACCCGUGGGCUAUCACCUGGUCAACGUCAUGCUGCACUGCGUGGCCACGUGGCUGGUGUUCCUGGUGGCGAGGACACUGCUGCCAUCUCGCAUGGCUGUCCUGGCCGCCAGCGCUCUGUUCGCCGUGCAUCCCGUCCACACGGAGGCGGUGGCCGGUCUGGUGGGCAGGGCGGAUUUGGCCUCCUGUGUGUGCUACCUGCUCGCCUACCUCUCCUACCGCCGGCACAUGCGGAACCGAGAGUGGGGAUCCCUGUUGCUGACCAUUGUCCUGGCGCUGGCUGCACUGCUCUGCAAGGAGACGGCCAUCACGGCGCUGCUCCUGUGCGCACUGUGCGAUGUCCUGUCGCCUGUCGGUCGCGAAAAUAGCGAUAAGCGCCGCUUGCGGUCGCUCAGCAUUUUGGGAUUUACUCUGCUGUGCGCCCUCUACUGUCGCCUGAGCCUGCUGCCACGCCCCUCCGCCGCCUUCUCGGCCGCCGACAAUCCAACGGCCCACGAGUCCUGUUUGUGGACAAGGACGCUGACUUUUCUGUACCUGCCGGUGGCCAACUUUCGCCUGCUCCUCUGGCCCCAGGAGCUGAGCUUCGACUGGGGCAUGGAGGCUGUGCCGCGUAUCCGAACGCUUUGGGAUCACAGAAAUAUCCUGACCGCCGGCUUCUACGGCACCCUGAUUUCCCUACUGUGCAGGGCAGCUGGACUGCGUAGGUCGGCCACAUCGUUGGAUUUCGCGGAGCUGGCGAACAUUUCGCUGCCCCUGCUGCGGCGCUUGGGCGGCAAUAGCUGCCACACCUGGCUGGGCCUCAGCUGCAACUGCCACCACCAGCUCUCUGCCCCCAGCUAUCGUGCCGUGUCGGCAAUCUCCACCAGCUUCGCCUCCGCGAAAAGCUCCUCCAUCUUGGGCACUGCCUUCGUGGUGUUGCCAUUCCUGCCCGCCAGCAAUCUGCUCUUCUACGUGGGCUUCGUGAUGGCCGAGAGGGUGCUCUACCUGCCGAGUGUUGGCUAUUGUCUGCUCUUUGGCCUCGGUUUCGGCCAUCUCUGGCGGCGCGUCAACAGCUCCCGGCGCUGCCGGCUGUUGCUCCUCUGUGGGCUGGGAGUGCUCCUUGGUGUCCAGGCACUGCGCACCUGCAGGCGCAACUUGGACUGGCGGGAUGAGGAGCAGCUCUUCCGCAGCGCCAUCACCAUAAAUCCUCCCAAGGCUCUCGGCAACCUGGGCAGCGUAUUGAGUGCCCAAGGCAGAUACGAGGAGGCGGAACUCGCUCUGCGGAUGGCCCUUGGACACCGGCCCAGCAUGGCUGAUGCGCACUUUAAUCUGGGCGUGGUGCACCAGAAGCAGCUGAACUUCAGCUCGGCAGUUCCGUGCUUUCGCAGGGCCAUCGAACUGCGACCCCAGCUGUCGGUGGCCUACUUGAAUCUGGGCACAUCCCUGAUCUCCCUGGGCGACCGGCGGCCAGAAGCCAUCGCGGUGCUGCGGACCGGAGCUCGUGUGGAGGGCAGUGGGGUUCGGGAUCGAGGUGCUCACGUGGAGGCACGCUACACCUGCUACCUGCAACUGAGUGUGCUUUACCGCUCCGAAGGCAGACUUCAGGAUGCGGCUGCGGCGCUGAGGGAAUCUCUAAAAGCGCUGCCUUUGCUGCCGCCAAAGCAGAGGGCUGUGCUGCAUCUGCGACUGGGCGAAAUCCUGGCGGAGCUGCAGGAUUGGGACGAGGCCGAGCAGCAGCAGCGAUGGGCGCUGCACUUGCAGCCGGAGCAGGGCACAGCCUAUGUCACCUAUGGCCAGACGCUGGCCAGGAAUGGCAGUCGGCUGGCGGAGGCAGAGUCCUGGUUCAAGAGAGCGCUGCAGAUGGCGCCUCUGGAGCCCAGUUCGCAUCAUCAUUAUGCUGACUUUCUGGAGCAGCAGGAGCGGCAUCACGAAGCGCUUAGCCUGCGCCUGCGAGCCGCUGCCUUGGCGCCGCAGGAUUACAGCCUGCAAUCCUGCGUGGCGGAUGCACUGCGUCUGCUGAAUCGCCUGGCCGAGGCGGAGCUGUGGUAUCGCAAGGCGGUCACCCUGCAGCCGCUGGCCGCCCACGCCCAUGCCAAUCUGGGCGCCAUCCUGCAGAUGCGUGGCCUUCGCCAGGAAGCAGUGGCAUGCUACCACAAGGCCUUGGAGCUGCAGCCAGGACAUGCCAUCAGCAGAGCGAAUCUGGCCAGGAUGAAUGUGCGCAAGGACGAGAACGAAUGAGAAACGGGGGCAGCACUUGUU